AUGGAUCGUGACACCGUCUCUCGCUUCAAGACGAUCGCCGACGUCGACGCCCAAAUCGACAGCGUACUGAAUGAUAGCCCCAUCCUCAUUACCUCGAAAUUAUCUAACUUCGAACUCCCCUUCUUCAAUGCGUCGCCCGCCCUCCGCCGUCUCCUGGUGCUGAAGGAACUCUACCGCCUUCACGACACCGUCGACCGCACCUACACCGAACUCGCCCGCCUUAACCGGAGCCGGACCGCCACUCCAUCCGACCUAGAAGACUUCAAGAAAGCUUUUCAAGAGAUUGUCAAAAUCACUACUAACCGUUACCCUGCAUUCCGCCUGGUCUUGGACCAGGCCCGCCACUUCCUCGACCUUGGCUGUGCCCCGGGUGGAUUCGCCACCUGGCUUUUGCAGAACACACUCAUGCACGGAGUGGGGAUUACCUUGCCUCCGAGUGCCAGUAUACCUGGCAUCUCGGUGCAGGGCAGUCUUCAGUCCCUUGCACCCCGGUUCUCAGUGUACGAAGAGGAUGUUUGCUCGAUCGCUAGGGGGCAAUCAACCUCAAUCAAUUGGGAUACUACUGAGCAUAUCCCACCCGCAGGCUUUGACCUAGUCAUAGCCAACGCCGCUAUCAUGCUAGCAGAAGGCGCCGUGCCACGGACCAAAAAGAUUGACCUGGUGUAUGCGCAGCUGCUGGUCGCCCUCGAGCACAUUGCUGCCGGCGGCACUCUCGUCCUCUCGUUGUGGAUGCGCCCUUUUGACUGGGUCAUCGACAUCAUCGCGAUCCUUCGGGAUUCAUUCGAUUCCGUCUACGCCGUCAAACCGCGCUACCAGGCGAAGACUUCAUUUGCCUACAUAGUCUGUCAAAGCUACAAAGCGAACGCCGACGUCAAACAUCUGCACUUGGAUCACAUCCGCGCAAUCAUCUGUUACUUUAAUAGAACAGCAAUCGGCGACGUCGAUACGAUAGCCCUCCCUCAUCCGUCCGAAGCCGUUGCUGGACAGGCGAUCCUCACCUACGUAGUGGAGCUAUUCACGCCUGUUUGGGAGCGUCAAUAUGACGCGAUCCGCUCGAACUACGACAGAGUCCUCCAAGGCCACGGCUCAGGUGCAUGCCCACGCGUCCAUCCGAACCAACGUUCGGAGUCCACACUAGCACGCAUUGGCAACAAAAACCCGCAGAUGCCUGCUGCACGGUCAACCGCGGACCAUUCCUCUGACUGGCGAAGUCGCUCCGCUCAGCGCGACGUGACCCAGCGUCAGGAAGAGAAGAACAUCGGAUAUAAGAAGCUCUUCAAUACACCGAAAGGUGCGAGCGACCGCCAGUGGCGAUGA